ACGCACAAUACAAAUGUUGCCUGCCUCAGCCGCUUGUGUUCUCUGCCCAUCAGUCAGGCUGGCGGUUACCAACGCCCAACCAACUCCCGCGCAGCACGGACAGGACCCCGGGAAUCCCGCCCUCGAUCAACGAAUCAACGUCAGCCCUGUCCUCUGCGAUCUGGUCAACUCUUUCGAACCUGGAUUCGGGAUGGGGCGCUAUUACAUGGAGAUCUCGUGCGCCCAGGUUUUGCGCGCCUUCUCAUCGUAGCCUGGGACUGAUACUUAUCGAUACAAGUUUACCAAGCACCCCCGCUGAAGUCGUGUGCCCAAGUUGCGCGCUUCCCCUUCUGCUGUCCCAAAGUUAGCAAGUCUC